UCAGUCUGUUAUUUAACAUCCUGUGUUGAUGUUCUCUCUCCCUCAGUCUUGAAGGCACUUGGUUCAGCAUCUGCCAUCGCCGUCAGUGUGACCAUGUACCACCGUUCCCUGUGCUCCUUCCUCCCUGACAAGGCCAAGCAGGGCUGGUUCUCCUCCGUGGUCUACUUCCUGUGGAACCUGCUCCUUAUUGGUCCGCGUGUGGCAGCAGUCGCCCUCUUUGCCUCAGCCUUCCCCUGCUUUAUCACUGCCCACUUCCUGUCUUCCUGGAUGGUUCUCUUUUUCUUCACCUGGCGACUCAAGACAGACUUCAUGGACAGUGCCGGUGGAGAAUGGCUCUACCGGGCCACCAUAGGACUCAUCUGGUAUUUCAGCUGGUUCAAUGUGAUAAAGGGGGACACCAGGUGCCAGAGCACCCUCUACCACACCUGGAUAGGAGUGGAUAUUGGUAUGCUUUGUGGUCUUUGGGUGUGGCAGAUGAAGAAGAACCCUCCAUAUUUUGAACUGCCACUAGAUCCCUAUGUCAUCCUUGGCAUUAUGAUCUCAUUCUACAUUGUUGGGAUCGGUCUUAAGGUGAUAUACUACAAGUACAGUCACCCAAAGAUCACACAGCUGAGAGAAGAAGAGCGUUGCCUCGAGCCGGAGCCAAGGUCUGAGCCAGAGGAUCUCACCUCAGAUUGCCAUGACGAAGUGGACUCUAGGCUUAUGAGCCAUAGAAUGGGUCCUACAGAACCGGUCAUCAGAGUCAAUAAGAGGAUGAGGAACGUAGCUGAUACUCCUACUCCUGAAUGGAUCAUCAGAGACCUCCUGAACAUGGAGAAGGUUGUAUGGGCUUGUUUGACAUUGCAGCCGACAUUGCAGUCAGUCUCAAUUAGUCAUUCAGUCACAAUUUACCCACAGUGACUAAAUGGUCUGUCACAUGUGGAGAUGGAAUCCACAUGACAGAUGGCUGUGUGAGCCCUUCCCACACUGGUGAAAAUACCAAGGUCCUUUAAAAAUAUAUAUAUUUAAACUUUAUUUUGACAGGGAGUCAUGCUGAGACCAAGGUCUCUUUUACAGAUGAAUCUGGAGGCGAAAGAAACGCACACCUGUUUAGGCGAGGUGCUGGCUAGCAGUGUUUUUGUUGUUGUUGGAACAUCCCUUUAAUGGAAAACUUCAGCUCCCCUAAUCGUGAUAUUUCAACUGAACAUGUAGUUUGCUCACCUGCACAUACUCCAACUUCUUUUAGAAGUAAGAGUUAUUUUAUACCUCCAGCCAAUCACAAUCACUCUAUUGAGACAUAUUGCAGACUCGUUGAAAAAUAUGUUGGUAAUCUCCUUCAGAACAAAACAGGAGUACAUAUCCUUCCAUAAUUUAACAGAGAAUGAAACACAAGCUUUGCUUGAUUUACAAUCCGAUACGUCAGUCCUUAUUCGUCCUGCUGAUAAGGGUGGGUCGGUUGUACUCAUGGAUAGUACAGUUUAUGUAAAGGAGUGUCAUUAGACAACUGCUUGACAACACCUCUUACAAGAAACUCAGAAGUGACCCCACUUCCUAAUUUCAGAACACUAUCUUUACUGUCCUAGAUGGGUUUUAAGUUCUGGUCAGAUCACCAAAAAAAAAACACGACUUUUUGGUUAUUCAACACCCUAAAAGUGUAACUUUCUAUACUUUGCCGAAAUUACACAAGAAUGUUACAAAACCUGCAGGGCGCCCCACUGUAGCGGGCUGACACAGUAACGGCCCCUUUAUCGACUUUUGUUGACUUUUUAUUAGACCACUCACAGAACAGCUCCCCUCCUUUGUAAAGGACACCAGCAGUAUGAUCUCUAUUAGUGAAUCUCUUGAUCCUCUCCCUGAUUGUACUUUGUUAGUUACUUUUGAUGUUGAGUCGUUAUACAGAAUAUUCCACACGAGGGCUGUAUUGAAGCCAUGUAACAUUGUCUUCUGCAACGUGACCCUAAUGAAUUACCUUCCAGUGCAUGCAUUAUGACAUUGGCUGAAAUAGUACUUGCACACAACUACUUCAUAUUUCUAAAUGAUUUCUUAAUUCAGAUGAAGGGUACUGCUAUGGGUUUACUAAGGCUUCUAACUAUGCUAAUUUGGGUUACAUGGAGAAACAGUCAAUUUUCAAUCCUCUCAACAACAAAACAUCUUGUCUAACAUUAUUAUUUGGAAACGGUACAUUGAUGUUUUUGUUCUAUUGAGGGGUGAAGAGAAACAGCUCCAGGCACCUGAGAUUUACUACGCAAUCUGACACACGUCAAAUUAGUUUGCUUGAUCUUCUAAUUUUGUUUGAGGAUAAUGUUCUAUACACUGAUCUUUACAGGAAACCUACUGAUCGUAACAGUUUCUUGAAAAACAGUUUUGCAAAUCAAAAUAAUUUGCAAAAAACAAUCAGACUUCGACAGAAAUAUGUCUGAGACGCAAAGUAAACUCAAGGAUUCAAGGGUACAAAAAUGGUCGGAUUAAUACUGCCAUUGAAAAAUGCAAAACUAAUCGAGACAUGAGCUCUUUCAAGGACAAGAAUAAACAUUCUUGCGUUCUAGCUACCCGCUAUUCAAAGUGUUCUGAACAAAUUAAGCAAACAUUGGCACUUUCACAAACAUGUGUUUUCGGACCCUCACUUGGUCGUAUUCUCGCGGGACAAAAAUCUCAGAUAAAUUGAUAAACUCUAAUUUACCUCCCUAAAAUAACCCUGCACAACGUCUAUUUGCGCAUCUACCGGAUGGAAACUACAAGUGAAAUGGCUGCGCUCAAUGCAAUGGCAUUUAAAAAUGUAGAUCAAUCAAACACUCCCAAACAGGGAAACAGAUCCCUAUCAAAGGUGUUAUCACGUGCUCCACUAAGGCAGUUAUUUAUCUUAUAUCUUGUCCUUGUGGUAAAAGGUAUGUGGGUAAAACAAAGCGCGAAUUAAAAGUACAAAUCUCGGAGCAUCGUAGCACCAUUAGGUGCAAAAACUCGAUUUACCCAGUUGCGGCUCACUUUUUGGAAGUGAACUACUCGAUUUCGCCCCAACGUUAUAUCGGCAUCGGAACAUGUCACCCUCCCUAGGAGAUUGGAUGACCUCGACAAUUUAUUAAUAAAACGAGAAGAUGCCUGGAUCUUUCAUUUAAAGACACUUGCUCCCUUUGGUCUCAAUGUAGACUUUGAUCUGAAACCAUUGGGAUUGUGCUACUCAUUGUAAAUGUGUGUAGCCAAAUUGUAUCUGCGAUCGUACGCUAUCCAUUCAUAUUUUUUGUAUGUUAUUUUUAUAUCUGGGAAUUAACCAAUGAUUUCAGGCCAUACCCGGCCAUGAUUACAGACACCUGUAUGUGUCCUGAGACACUAAACUAGUGCCCCAUAGUGUUUGUCAUUAUACCCUGAUGAAGACAGCUUUUCUGUCGAAAUGUUGGAUAAUUAGGUUAUAAACUGGUUGGUUCAGCACUGAAUGCUGAUUGGCUGACAGCCAUGGUAUAUCAGACCAUAUACCACGGGUAUGACAAAACAUGUAUUUUUACUGCUCUAAUUGUGUUGGUAACCAGU